GUCCUUCCUGGGUGCCCCUGGCGCGUCUGGCCGGGCCAGAGCCCAGCUGUGGGUGGCGGAGCAGAGAUGGCCGGUCACACUUGCACUCGCGCGGGAGCGCGGUCCUGCCCUCCCUUCCCCACCGCGGUCUCGCCGGUGCUCUGUGACCUCGGCUGUCCGGGUUAACUCCGGGGCCGGCCUGCUCAGGCGCCGCUGGGAUGAGGCUGCUGUUUGUAGCGGGGCCCCCCCCCGUGCUUCCUCCGACUGUAGAUGAGGCUCGCCGUGGUCGCCGCUUGUCCCUAAGGGUUGGGGGGCAGCCAGGGUCGUUUAUUUCUGCUGCAGUUGGCAAGGCGGCAGGAAGAUGCUGUGACGUCCAGAUCCGGAACAUGGUGGCCGUGUUGGAAGUCAUCUCCAGCCUGGAGAGAUACCCCAUUACCAAAGAGGCACUGGAGGAGACGCGUCUUGGGAAGCUCGUUAACGAUGUCCGCAAGAAAACCAAGAACGAGGAGCUCGCCAAGCGGGCCAAGAAGCUGCUCAGAAGCUGGCAGAAACUCAUCGAGCCCGUGCAGCAGAACGAGGCGGCCCUGCGGGGGGCCAAUGGGGGCGCUCAUAACUGCCGGCCCGAGGCUGGGGCCAGUGUGCCCAAAGGCGUCCCUGACCUCAAGCACCGCAACGACCUCCAGAGGCUGCCGGGGCCACGGCUGGACAGGCUGGGAAGCCGCAAACGCCGAGGGGACCAGCGUGACCUCGGCCACCCUGGCCCACCUCCCAAGGUCUCCAAGGCUGGCCAUGACCUACUGGGUCCCAACUCUCCACUUCCUACUAACGGGAUCAGUGGGAGUCCGGAGAGCUUCCCCAGCCCUGUGGAUGGCAGUGGGCUCAUGGGCCCUGAGGGCGGCCGCCUGGAGGCCGAUGAGAAUGACCAGCACAGCGGCAAGGUCCCUGUGAACGCUGUGAGGCCACACCCCAGCUCCCCAGGCCUGGGCCGGCCCUCUGGGCCCUGCCUGCAGGCCAAGGUAGAUGAGACCCCCGGCCCUCCCCACCCCAGGGCUCCAUCCCGCUGCUCCUUCAGCCCCCGGAACUCACGGCAGGAGGGCUCCUUUGCCCGCCAACGGAGCCCCUACACACCCAAGGGCUCUGUGCCCAGCCCCUCACCAAGGCCCCCGGUGCUUGAGGCCACGCAGGUGCCGUCCCCGCUGCCACUGGCCCAGCCGUCCACGCCCCCUGUGCGGCGGCUGGAGCUGCUGCCCAGUGCAGAGAGCCCAGUGCGCUGGCUGGAGCAGCCUGAGGGCCACCAGCGGCUGGCAGGUGCAGGCUGCAAGGCUGGGCUGCCCCCUGCUGAGCCACACCUGCCCUGGGCGGGCUUCUCCCCGGACUCCUCCAAGGCGGACAGCGAUGCAGCCUCCUCAGGUGGCUCGGACAGUAGAAAGAAAAAGAGGUACCGGCCUCGUGACUACAUGGUGAACUUGGACGGGCAGGUGGCCGAGGCAGGCGUCAAGCCUGUCCGGUUAAAAGAGCGCAAGCUCACCUUUGACCCCAUGACGAGACAGAUCAAACCUCUGACCCAGAAAGAGCCAGUGCGGGCCGACAGCCCCGUGCACACGGAGCAGCCGCCCAGGACAGAGCUGGACAAGCAGGAGGCCAAGGCAAGCCUCCAGAGCCCCUUCGAGCAGACGAACUGGAAGGAGCUGUCACGCAAUGAGAUCAUCCAGUCCUACCUGAGCCGCCAGAGCAGCCUGCUGUCGUCCUCGGGGGCACAGACCCCGGGGGCGCACCACUUCAUGGCCGAGUACCUGCGGCAGGAGGAGAGCACGCGGCAUGGGGCACGGCAGCCACACGUGCUGGUGCCCCACGCGCCGCCAGCUGACCUCCCGGGGCUGAGCCGAGAGGUGACGCGGGGUGAUCUGGACCGACUGGAGGCCGGCCAGUGGCCAGGGGUGAACGGGUGUCAGGACACACAGGGUAACUGGUAUGACUGGACACAGUGCAUAUCGCUCGACCCGCACGGUGACGACGGGCGUUUGAACGUUCUGCCUUAUGUCUGCUUGGACUGAGGCCCGCGCCCCAAAGUGCAUUCCCACCUUGCAGAGCCUGGUGGGUGGGCGGGAGCGGGGAGCGCGGGUCUCCGAGCCCUUCCCUCCACACUCUCCUUCUUUUGUGAAAUGCUGCUACCGGUUUACUAACACGAUUGCAAAGGAAGGACCGCGCAGAAGGAAGGACGGCCAAGGGAGUUCAGAACUCUAUAGCAACCAGCUGUACAGGCGUCAGUCCCGCCUCGAGGAGCGGGAGGAGGUGGCACAGAUGCAGCCGUCCUGCAGCCCUGUGCCGGGGCCUCUGCGCACGUGGGCACAGGACAGCUGUGGGGAGGUUACCUUUAACAGUGACAGACACACAUCUCAUGUCUUUCUGCCUUUUCUGUUCCUGAGCUCGGCCCAGUGUCUGUGAGACGGCGGGCUGGCCUCGGCCUCUGCUCCCUACCCAGCCCUGUCUGUGAGCCGCUGGCAUCGGGUGGGUAGGCCGGCCGGCCGGCAUACCCCAUACUCCACGGACACCCGCCCAUUCUUGUCUGGUUUCGGUUGAACCCCCAUUCUUAAAGAAAUGCUGCAGAAAUUUCAGUUUUCUCAAGUUUAUUUUCAUCCCCUUCCACCUGGCCUCCAGCCAAAUACCUUUUUCCUCUCUCCCCUUCCUUUUCCCUUCCUGCACACGCCUAGAAAACCUCACCUAAGCCUCCCCAGCCACCAACCAAACAACAGAGAAAGUGCAGUGCUCCUGGCGCUGAGCUGCACAGAGGGGCAAGGCAGAGACCGGUCUGCGCUGGGACACUCAUAACCAUUCCUUUAGAUUCGUUUGCCUUAUGGUUAUUUGUCAUAAACGCGAUUUGCAAAAACAAGGAGCCUUAGUGAAUGUACAGUACCUAGACUUCUGUGUUCUCAGGACGCAGAAGGGAGCAACUUUGCUAUUUGGUCCAGUAAGUGGACACCUUGUGAUAUAAAUGUGGAAAUAAAAAAAACAUUUGCACAAA